GUCCGCAACCAAAACACGCGCGUUUGUUCGCUCGCUCGCUCCCAGGCUCGAUGCCUCCAAAGCAAUCGCUCGCAAAGCUUGCGUGUAUUUGUCUCGCCGUUAAAACACUUUGCUCGUAACAAACUCAACUAAAUUGCGAUCAUUGGCUUAACCACGCGCCCCUAACUUGGUCCCGUCUUUGUCGAUCCCACUCGGUUGCCUAGGAAACGACGCCAAUCGCAGCGACAAUGGAGGUCGACUGGUGGCAGCUGCAGGCCAGCGUCAUCGCCGAGGUGAAGAAGUAUCCGUGCCUCUACAACUCCAACCGCAUCAGCCGAUGGAAUGCGCGUAGGCGGGCACCCUACUGGGAGGCCGUGGCUGCAGCCAUCAACGUACACAACGUGACGGAAGCCGACUGCCGACGCAUCUGGAGAGGCCUGCGCGACAAGUACGUACGCGAGAUCCGGCUCGGAAGCACGCGAAAUGUGGACGGCACACUUCUCUCGGCGCGAUCACAGUGGCCCUUCCUACGACGCCUGGACUUCCUCAGGGAGCACAUACGACCCAAGAGACUCAGGAGGUUUUCCAAGUAUACCAAAUUUACCAGGUUAACCGGGACAGCUUUGCAAGGGGAGGAGGCCGACAGCAUAGACAACAAUGAAUCAACAUCGAAUGACGUCCUGGCGCGCGGUUUCGCGUGCCAGGACGCAGCCGUGGAGGACGUCAGCGCGGAAGGGCGCUGGGAGUCACCAGUAGACUUUGAGAUCGACGUCUCCCCGGUACUCAGCGACGCUGCGAAUGAUUCCAUGGACGAAGGCGAAGCAGGUGCUCCACCAUCUCCGGCCCCAAUCUCGAAGCCGCCCAAGUCUGGACGCCGAAAGAGCGGUCUACAGCGACGCGGCACUGACGGGAGUAGCACUAGGGGAAGGAGGAAGAGGGGCAGAUCGACAUCCGGAAUCGCUUCGAGAAGCGAGCGCGGAAAGGCACCGCUGCCGGCGUCGCUAACCGACUGGGUCCAGCAAUGCCGGCGUGGACGACCUCCGAAAGGGCUGAGGCUGCUGCGACGCUGGAAGUCACCCGCUGAGGGGUCAUCCUCCUCGGACGAAGAAAACGACGGGGAAGAGGGUGUUGGCAAGUAUGAAGUCGACGACGAACAACGCGACAGCGAGGACGCCAAGCGAGAACGCCGAGAAGCGGCUAUCGAGGUGGCGCUGUACAGGUUCGUCACGACCGUCGUCAGCAAGGUGGCAUCCUCGUCAACUGCCGUCGGCGAGCCACUGUCCGUGAAAAGGGAAUUGAGAGUGGAUGCCGGAGACGGCGACACGCUGUUCCUGCUCGGACUGAGGGGCCUCAUGUGCAAUUUGGACGCCCAGAGCAAGUCGCAAGCGCAGAUCGACAUUCUCAAGCUGCUGCAAGAUCGCAUCGCCGACGCCGAAUCUCGGAGGCCAGAGUCUUGCGACGAGGUCGAUGAACAGGCGAAGCAAACAGUAACGACAGCGUUGUGAACGCCGAUGCACUAAAUGUGCCACAUGCGAUGCCUACUCCGCAUGAUAUUUGAUACAAUACCCACAAAAAGAAAGGUAAUAAAGCUCUCACAAGUUCGUGGAAAAG